GCUGUCGUUCACAUCUAAUAAAUACAUAUUAGAUACUUCACAUUGGCGUGAAGGAUGAUAGCAAUUUUUAAAAGUUUUUAAUCUGGAAUAAUGGCUACCACUGGUAAUACGGAUGGUACUAGUACGAGUACCGUUGUCCGUACGUCAGUGACGCAGACCAGGCAGGAUGUGGCCGGAGAAGAAGCGGAUUCUACCGGAUUGCCCCGCCUGGCGAAGUUCGAUCCAGAGGUCAUCAAACUGGAGACCUGGCGGAUCCAGUUUGACAGUCACCUGUCCUCCCAUGGGAUGGCUACGGACAGGAAGAAGCCGCUACUACUGGGAUCGUUGGCUCCUAAGGCAAUGGAGAUGCUAGCCUCCAUGUGCCGUCCGAAGGAUCCUGGCGCGUUCACCUUCGACGAGCUGUACAGUCCAGACCGUGGACCACCACCCCCAGGGAAGGCGGAAGUCGUGGCUCCCAAGGCCGAAACGAAACCUCCGAAGAAGCCAUCGGAGAAGGCUGCUGCGAAGCCACCGAAAGUUCCGAAGGCUCCGAUUCCGGAAGCAGAACUCCGCCGAAGCGAUCGGACAAGGAAAAUGCCGGAUUACCUCCUCAAGGAUUAUGUGAUGAAAAAGAUUUUUGUAGAAUUUCCGCCGAUUUAAAAUUGUUAUUUAUUCCUGUUUUAUUCAGUCCGUGUGUUUUUAUCUUAUUGUGGGGGAGUGUAGUGUAUGUAAUAUUAAGUACUGUAGUACUUAAUAUGUGCUUAGCAACGUUGCAGUAGUUGUGAGUUUACCUUCAUGUUUUCUUAUGUUUACGUAUUCAUUCUAUCAUCAGCCAAGCUGUCGUUCACAUCUAAUAAAUACAUAUUAG